AUGGACACUUUUCUCUCUAGGGAUACCGAGAUAAAGCACAGAGAGACCAGCGAACAAGAACUGACCGACGCCAACGCCAACCAUCAUAAUUUCCUUCCUCAUCCAUCUCCAACCCGCCGCCGCCGCCGCAACAAUCCAUCCUUUCCCACCACACCGCAACCAGAUGAACCCCCGCUCGUGAACGCCCGUACUUCCUCCCCCUCCUCCCAAAUUCCCGCCCCUCUCUCGUCUCGCCCCCCGCAUGCGAUGCCCGUUGGCCCCCUGAAGACCGCCGUUGCCCGUCGCUCGCCGCGCUGGCUCCCAUCCCGCCGCCCCAGGCCCAUCGCCCUCUGUCUACAUGCCUACGGCCUCGACAAUGCCGUCUGGGCCAAGAUCUCGGAUCUGCUCAAAAACACGCCCGACGUGACGGAGCACAAGUACUUCCACGCCGGCCGUCUGACUCCCGAUGCGUUGCGCAACUUUUAUCUCGAGCGACUGAGGAAGGAGCUAGAGUACGAACAAGGCGGCGGUGGCAGUGGCAGCGGUGAUGGCGAAGCACAGAACCGAGACGGCACAAACGCGAGCAAGCGAAAGCGACAAAGUCCAGCCCUCCCCACCGUCAGCGAGUCCGUCAAACAUCAGCGCCUGAUUCCCAAGCUGGUCGUCAAGCUCUACGCCUCCUACCGCAACGAACUCACCGAGCAGAUCAGGGCCGACGAGGAUCGCUACGACAAACUACAGCGCGACAUUCAGACCAUCCAACGCGGCGAAUGGGACGACCAACUGGACAAGAGGGCCAGCCGCCCUUCCUCUGUCUCACAAAGCCCUUUGCCCAGAAAAUCUGCACAUUUGCCCCAGCAGCAGCAGCAGCAGCAACAACCACAACAACCACAACAACCACAACAACCACAACAACCACAACAACAACAGCAGCCACUUUCGCAGUCUGCGAGUCCUCAGCUUGCACACAAUGGCCCCCGAGCUGGCUCCAUGCAUGCGCCCACACCAGAUCCACAUGCUGCCUCACGUCCGUCUGCAAGCGCACCCUCUCCACAACAGGAUCCUACACAAGGUCCCCCAUCAGGCUUCCAGCCACCGCUACAACCCUCUCCCUACAAUGGCCAGUCCUACCCCCCAGCACAACCGCUACAUGCCCCACAAUCACAGCCACAUGCGAGUCCACACCAAAAAGCCGUCGCUCAUCCACCCUAUGGCCACGCGACUGCAUCCCCUGGAGCACAGUAUCAACCGCCCUAUGCGCAGCCUUAUCGAGGUAAUGCAGCUCCUCCCUAUGGGUCACCGUCAGGAAUCCAGCCUCUUCCAGCCUACCAGCAGCAGUAUCUGCAGCAACAACAAUCAUCCCCUCACGGUCCACAGUCCCCAGGGAUGCAGGCAGCAUACCAACAACCGCGGACACAAUACCAGCACCCUGGCCAACCGCAGCACCCUCCUCACUCCCACCACUCACAGAUGAGUCUUCCACCGCCUCAGGCUGGCUUCAUGCUCCCACCCUUCCAGGUCUUCUCACCCCAGGAUCCAUCACGCGCACACCACCAGCCGCAUGGCCCACAGCCUGCUCCCCAAAUCUCGACGCCUGUGAGCAAUCGUUCCCAACCGCCACCGUCAAAGGCCAAUGUUCAGACUCCCGGAAGUGCGAGGCAGGCCGUGCCGCCCGUUCACCCAUUAGUGAUCCAGGCCAGACAGUCUUUCUCCACUCCCACAAGUCUGCGCUCUCCACACAGCGCUGGUGGGACUCCCGCGUCUGCAAAGAGUUUCUGGAAGCGACAGAGUUUGCCCAGUGCCCCGGCGACGCCAGCCAGUUCGCGUCCAGAUAUCGAACCUUUGGACGAUGUGCCACCCUUGAUUCAAUCAGCGCCACAAAGUCCGACCAUGGCCAAAUCGCCAACCAAGUCACGAGGGAAGGCCAAGGAGAAGGAAAAGGAGCCAGCAAAGCAGCCAGAACGAGCGUCAACGCCGCAAUCUUCCUCCAAAGGAGAGGCGAAGCCGCGCAACGAUCAGGAAGAAGAGUCUUUGCCUGACCCAGAGCCACGAUCCGGCCGCUCACGGCGAAAGGGCCCUAGUAAACGGGGAAGACCUGGAAGUCUGGCAUCGUCUCGAGCAGGUGGUUCCGUACGAGAUCGCAGUAGGAGCAGGUCCAUACUCUCCCACACGGAGACGGUAGCGGGCGACAACGACUCCCAGGCGGCACAAAUCAAAUCCGAGCGCGGUACCUCGGUCGAUGCUAUCGAGGAAGAAUCCGCUGAUACACCCACGCAUGCCUCUCGUGGCCGCCGUCGACGUGCCACCGCCGCCGCCCACACAACAGCCCCCAUCUCCACCCGACGGAAACGCAACGCGCGCGAGGCCUCGCUCGAAGAACCCGACGACCAAUUCAGCACGCCAGGCCCGCCCAAAACCAUCAACGCUCAACGCCAUUUCUCCCGCAUGUGCGCCCCCAUUAUGAACGAUAUCAACUCUCACAAGCACGCCUCGACCUUCACCACGGCCGUGCGCGCAAAAGACGCAGAAGGCUACUACGACAUCAUCAAGCGGCCGACGGACCUCAAAUCGAUUCAAAAAGCCAUUGCCAACGGCUCCAAACUCGUCGCCGCGGCCGCCACCGACACCCCCGCCGGUAGUCCCGGCGGCGCAGGCGGCGGCGUCGUCGAACUGCCCAAUACGGCCGAGCACGUGCCACCGAAGAGCAUUGUCAAUGCGGCCCAGCUCGAAAAGGAGCUGAUGCGCAUGUUUGUGAAUGCAGUCAUGUUUAACCCGGGCGAGGACGGCGUGGUCGAGGAUGCGAGGGAGAUGUUCAAGACGGUGGAGCAGAGCGUGAGUAAUUGGCGCAAUGUGGAGAGGGGUAGUGGGAGGACGGAGAUUGAGGAUACACCGGUGGGUGGGGAGGAGGGUGAGGAGGCCGAGAGGGGGGGAAAGAGGCGGAAGGUUUAG